GAAGGCCCCCGAACGCGCGAGCCACCGGUGCCCGACGCCCACGCCGAGCCGAGCCGACCUCGCCGGCCGCCGCCCUAUAUAGGCACACCACUCCCUCCUGCGCCCGCCACCACCGCUGCUUCCCUUCCCGUGCUGCGCCCCCCCUCUGCAUUCCCCCAAUCACUCAGUGUUGCGCGGGUGUGACAGAGCGUGUGGUGGCAGAGACAGACUGAUAGAGAGAGAGUGAGGCGGCGAUGGCGAGGCACUUCGUGCUCAACACCGGCGCCAAGAUCCCCUCGGUCGGGCUCGGCACCUGGCAGUCCGACCCCGGCGUCGUCGGCAACGCCGUCUACGCCGCCGUCAAGGCGGGGUACCGACACAUCGAUUGCGCCAGAGUUUACGGCAAUGAAAAGGAGAUUGGUUUGGCGCUGAAAAAGCUAUUUGAAGAGGGUGUAGUGAAGCGCGAAGAUCUGUUUAUCACCUCUAAGCUAUGGAAUGAUCAUCAUGCUCCCGAAGAUGUGCCUGAGGCACUAAAUGAAAGCCUGAAUGAUUUGCAGCUUGAUUACUUGGAUCUUUAUCUUAUCCAUUGGCCAUUUAGAGUGAAGAAGGGAACAAACAUCAGCCCUGAAAACUUCAUUACACCUGACAUCCCUGCUACUUGGGCGGCAAUGGAAAAGUUAUAUGAUGCUGGCAAAGCUCACGCCAUUGGUGUGAGUAACUUCUCAUCAAAGAAAUUGGGUGACUUGCUUGCUGUAGCUCGUGUACCUCCAGCUGUUGAUCAGGUGGAGUGUCAUCCUGGCUGGCAGCAAACUAAGCUCCAUAACUUUUGUCAGACUACUGGUGUUCAUCUUACUGCUUACUCGCCACUAGGUUCACCUGGUACAACUUGGAUGAAUGGUAAUGUCCUUAAAGAGCCAGUAAUCAUCUCAAUAGCUGAGAAACUUGGGAAAACGCCUGCACAAGUGGCCCUGCGCUGGAACAUUCAGAUGGGUCACAGUGUAUUACCAAAGAGCACGAAUGAAGAAAGGAUAAAGCAAAACCUUGAUGUUUAUGAUUGGUCUAUUCCAGAUGAUUUGCUUGCAAAGUUCUCUGAGAUUAAGCAGGCUAGGCUGCUCAGAGGCAACUUCAUUGUUGGCCCGCAGAGUGUUUACAAGACCCACGAGGAGCUCUGGGACGGUGAACUUUAGGAAGGAUACGUUAGGGUCCGUUGGUUCAUUUUUUAUCUCUGGAUUUGCUUGUCAGAAAUGAAGGUUCAGUGCGCGAAAGCCCUGAUUCUCCUGUAUCACGAACUACGCUGUCGCUUUGGAUCUUGGUUUUCUGGUAACCGUGACCGAAGCAGUUAAUCUGCUGGCAUAAUUUGUCCUGUGCUACGUGCUAGUUUGUAUCUGCCACUCGAAAUUGCAUCUACUUAAUUUUUCUUUCUGAAUUCGAUUAA